CUGAACGCAAAUUAAUACGGCUUGGCCUCAACAUGGCUGUAACAGUCUUGAACACGAAAAGUUUGCUAAAUGGAUUUUUAAAAAUUUCGUUGCCACAUUUACGACUUUGUCCGGCAUCAUACAAUUUUAGUACUAGUUCAAGAAGGAAGAAUGCAAAGUUUUACGAUGAUAUUGAUGAGGUUACGAAAGACAUACAUAGUGGUGCCAAGGUGCUAGUUGGAGGUUUUGGUUUGUGCGGAAUGCCUGAGCAUCUGCUGGCUAGUCUGCUGAGAUCUAAAGUGAAUGAUUUAACCCUAGUGAGCAGCAAUGCAGGAGUUGAUAACUCAGGGCUUGGUCUCUUGAUGGAACACAAACAGGUUAAACGAAUGAUUGCAUCCUUUAUUGGUGAAAAUCAUGUUUGUGAACAUCUGUAUCUGUCCGGUGAUCUGGAGCUUGAAUUAACACCACAGGGAACUUUGGCAGAGAGAAUCAGGGCUGGUGGUUUUGGUAUUCCAGCAUUCUUCACUCCAACAGGUGUUGGUACGCUAGUUCACAAGGGGAGGUCACCAAUCAAGUUCAAUCCGGAUGGCAGCAUUGCUAUAUCGAGUGAGCCCCGUCCGACCCAUACAUUUGAUGGACGUACAUUCAUAAUGGAGAAAGCCAUUACAGGAGACUUUGCAUUAAUCAAAGCUUGGAAAGCUGACAAAGCCGGCAAUUUAACUUUCAGACGGACAGCAAGGAAUUUCAACCCACCCAUGUGUAAAGCGGGUAAAAUCACCAUCGCAGAAGUUGAUGAAAUAGUCGAGGUCGGGGAGAUAGCUGGAGAGGAUGUUCAUGUUCCACAUAUUUUUGUACAACGUGUUGUUAAAGUACCUGUCAUCUCAAAAAGAAUAGAGAGGUUAACACUAAGGCAGGAACAUGAUAAGAAUGCACCUAUGGAUGCUGCUGCACAAAGGCGAGAAAAGAUCAUCAGACGAGCAGCUUUAGAGUUCCAUGAUGGAAUGUAUGUAAAUCUUGGCAUUGGAAUUCCCGUCUUGGCCAGUAAUUACAUCCCUCCAGGGAUCAACGUUACCCUUCAUGGUGAAAAUGGCAUACUUGGAUUGGGUCCAUUUCCAAAACCAGGAGAGGAGGAUGCAGAUCUGAUCAAUGCGGGUAAACAAACUGUGACAGCUAUUCCAGGAAGCUCUUACUUUUCUAGUGACGAAUCAUUUGGAAUGGUGAGAGGGGGUCACAUGCAUAUCACAAUUCUAGGUGCUAUGCAGGUGUCUCAAUACGGAGAUCUUGCUAACUACAUGAUUCCCGGUAAGAUGGUGAAGGGAAUGGGAGGUGCCAUGGAUUUGGUAUCCUGUCACAAAACAAAGGUGAUUGUCACCAUGGAACAUUUAACAAAGACAGGGAAACCCAAAAUUAUGAGCCACUGUACCCUCCCCUUGACUGGAUCACACUGUGUGAACAUGAUAAUCACAGACAAGGGUGUGUUUGACAUCAGCCAUGGAAAAGGUCUAACUUUGGUAGAAAUUGCAGAUGGUGUCAGUCUUCAGAAUAUUACAAAAACGACUGGCAGUCCGUUUGAAGUAUCGGUGGAUUUGAAGCCAAUGCAGCAAGUGGAUGUGUGAAAUGAUGAAAUCAUAUCCAUACUUGUCCAGAGAAAAUCCUCCAGCUCUAACACAUGCCCGUACUGAGGCCCACCCACUAAUUUAAUCUAAAUUCCACACACACGGUUUUUUCUGAUUUAGGAUUAGUUGGGUUUCAUUAAAAAAUACUAAUAUAAUGUUCAUAUUUCGUAAUCCAACACCACAAUGUUGUUGAUAUGGAAAUUUGACAUAUUGGAUUUUUUUAUGUUGAAUUUCUUUCACAAGGGAGCUUUUAUUGGUGUUUUUGGAGGAAAUAAACACAGAAGACCAUUAGUGCUAUUCUGUAAGAUGUUCGGUUGAUUCCGUCAGCCUGUUGCUAUGGUAGGCUAAUACUUUUAGUUUGCACAGCGUAUAUCUACACAUUUUCCUGUCAGUUUAGUGCUCUGUUUGUUAGCCAAUUUGUGUUUGUGUAAUGUCCUCAGAUAUAUUUUUACAGUGUUUAACAUAAUGUCGGAAAUAUUUUUCCAUUACUGAAAUUGUGGUAUUGUAAGAUUUGCUCAGUAAUGUAAAUCGGUGUUGAUACGAUACUGAUACCAAAAGGUAUAUACAGUAUACCGCCCAGCUCUACUUGCCCUUUGAUAAAAGCUCAAAGUAACAUUUUUUAUAGUUGUAGUAUGUAGUUUUACAUAAUGGCGGAAAUAUUUUUAAUUACCGAAAUUUCGGUAUUACAUGUAUUAAGAUUUGCUCACUAUUGUAAAUCGGUAUUGACAUAAUAUAAAGUGUAUACGGUAUACUGCCCAGCUCUAGUUGCUCUUUGAUAAAAAGCUCACAGUAACCCCUUACUUUUGAGGACUGCAAUUUGUUUUCCUGGGUAUUUGUCUAGUAUUGUUUUCAUCCCUACAGCAGACCUCACUAUUUAUGGGGAGCUAUCACUCGCACUCCCCAUUACUCCCCAUAAAAAAAUUCACUAUAUCAAUAUUUUUUUUUAAAAACCAAAACAUUGCAAAAAGAUUAAAUAUCAGUGUUUUAUAUGGAAAUUUAUUACCCAUAUGAGCUUAUAUAUAUGGAUGGGGUAAUAUUUUCUUUUUAUCUCUGCAGUGUGCAGCCACUUAUUGGCUGGCUUAAAACUCACGACAUUUGGUUGGUUGUUUGCCGCAGCUGGAACUUCACUUGCAUGUUUCCAUUCAUGGGUCAGAUUACACAAACAUAAUACGAUCUACAAAGACUUACAGAAAAUGUUUGACUGAUUUAUUUCAUAAACAUGAAAUAGUAUAUUUUCAUAAACAGCAGCUUUAGUAACAUAGAAAAAUAAUUAUUUUCUAAUACAACCACAGUCGUUUUAUUUGUACUGUAAAUAUUUGGCUGCAAAAUGAAUGCUGUUAUCCCAUGAUGACGUCGCUUACAUUACUUUGUGUAAUGCACGUAAAAGUAUAUGACGUAAUGGCUGAUGGCUUUGUUGUUAGACAGCAGAGGAAUUUUAUAAUAAAGGGUGUUGAAAUUGACAAUGGAUAAUAAAAAGAAUCGACCAACUCGCUAUGAGGAGUUACAAAUAAUAUGUCCCUCGUGAAUGAAUGUUGUAAAGGCUCGUGUUUACAACAUUCAUUCACUCAGGACGGAUAAUUCAUAAUUCCUCGUAGCUUGUUAGUUAUUCUCAAAAUCUUAAAUGGUACUCCAUGAACUACCCUGGUAAGUUUGAAAAUCUAUCUUUUCCGAGAAUUUUGGUUUGAUAGUUCAGAAACUCAAUAGAGUGGUUCUGUGGCACAGUCUUCACAAACUUAGUAAUUACUCCUCUCAAUUUUUCUCAUGUGGAGAUCUGCUAUAGUACUUGACAGGCCCAUAGCCAGGAUUUCGAGAGGGGUUGCAAUUUUGCAUUGACAAAUAUUGAAAAAAACAAAACCCUCACCAGUAAGAGGGGAGUGUCGACCAACACCCCCCAUUGGCUACGGGACUGCUUGACGGAAAACUUAUUGGGACUUUGUUAUUGACAACUAUAUUAGUGUUUCAUAUAAUUAUAUAUUAGUGUGUACAUUUUUAAUAUUAUUUUGAUAUUUUAAUAUUAUACAUACCCGGUAUUUACAUAAUUUAUGUAGUAUUAGUACACUUCGUUUUAGUUGUGUGUUUUUAAAGUCUAAUUUACAGUGUCUUUUGGUGUUGAAAAAAAUACAUUGUUAAUUAUUAAUGUUUAAUCUUUUCAUUAACAAAGUGUGUGUUUUUAACGUUGUAACUACUUUUUGACUUUAACAUAUAUUGCCUUUCUUUGAUUGAGACAUGAAUUGAUUAUAUUUUAAAAAUAUUUUGGCUUGUUUUAGCUCCACUGUGAUAUUAAUCACCGGAGCUUUUCCUUUGAAGUUCUAUCCAUCACCUUUUUCUUUAAGUCUAUCUUUUUCUAGAAUUUUCAUUGGAUUGUUCUGAAACAAAGUAAUAGAGAGAUAUUUUGGAAAUUUUGAAUAUUUGAAUUUUUAUUAAAGUUCUAGAGUAUUGAUAGGAUAGUUCGGAAACAUAGAAGAAUUUGAACAUCUAUCUUCUAGAGUUUUGACUGGAUAGUUCUGAAACUCAGUUCUAUGACUCUCAGGAGCAAUCUUGACAAACUCGUAGAGAGACAUUUUGGAAAUUCAGAAGUUUAUUAAUUUGGUGUUAAUUUAAAUUGCAAACUUGAAAGACUAUAGAGUUUUGAUCAGAUAGUUUGAAAACUUUAUUCUCUUAGGCAGUUUCAACAGUAAUAUGUAUUUUUUGAAGUUUUGAAUUUUUUAAUUUGUAUUAAAUUUUUAAAAUUCAAUUAAGAAAUUUGACAUUGGAAAUUUGGAUUUCUCUAUGCUAUAUCAUUUUCUGGUAACAAAACAAAAAAUUAAAUAGCAGAGUAUUUUAGGCUGUUAGCCAAUUGUAAAACGUUUAAAAUUUAAAACUGAAUAUUUGAAAGUCUAGAAUUUUGAUUGAAUUGUUCUGAAGUUUGUUACAAAGCAAUAGAUAGAUAUUCAGAAAUUUUGAAUUGAUAUUAAAUUUUAAAAUUUUAAAUAGAAAUUUGACAUUGAAAAUUUAAAAUAAUCUUUUCCUAGAAUUUUGAUUGGAUAGUUGAAACUUGGUAAAAUGAUUAUCAGGGAGAGUCUUUAGGCCAUUUAAAAUUUUAAUUAAAUUUAAAAAAAGUUUAAAUAAAAAUUUAACACUGAAAAUUUGAGUCUAUAUUCUCCUAAAGAUUUCAUUGGAUAGUUCUGAAAGUUGGUAUAUUGAUUCUCAGGGACACUCUUCACAAUCUAAUAGAUACAUAGGACAUUUUGAAUUUUUAUUAAAUGUAAAAAAAUUUAAAUAGAAAUUGUUCUGAAACUUGGUACAGUGAUCCUCUGGAACAGUCUCCACAAAUUUUAAAUUUUUAAUUAAAUUUUAUAAAUUUAAAUAGAUAUUUAAUAUUGAACAUUUUAAAGUCUAUCUUGUAGAGUUUUGAUUGGAUAGUUCUAAAACUCAGUACAUUGAUUCUCAGGGUUCACAAAGUCUGUCUUCUAAAGUUUAGAUUGUAUUGUUUUGAAACUUGGUACAAUGACUCUCUGGGGACAGCCUCUACAAACUAAUGGAGGUAUAUUUGUAAAAUUCUUCUUUCUUUUUGUUAAAGUUAAAUAUCUAAUAGAUACAUAGGACAUUUUGAAUUUGAAUUUUAAAUAUCUAAAUAUCUAAUAGAUACAUAGGACAUUUUAAAUUUUUAUUAAAUGUAAAAAAAUUAAAUAGAAAUUGUUCUGAAACUUGGUACAGUGAUCCUCUGGAACAGUCUCCACAAAUUUUAAAUUUUUAAUUAAAUUUUAUAAAUUUAAAUAGAUAUUUAAUAUUGAACAUUUUAAAGUCUAUCUUGUAGAGUUUUGAUUGGAUAGUUCUAAAACUCAGUUUCACAAACUACCUGUAGUAAAUAUUUUUGGAAAUUCUGAAUUUUGGAAUUUUUAUGAAAUUAAGUUUUGCUACUAGUGAUCGGAAGUGAUCAAUAAUACAUAAAUACUCACUUCUAUAUAUACAUGUAUAUAUUCAUACAUACAUAAACAUUGUUGGUUAUAUGACCGGCCUCGGUGGCGUCGUGGCAGGCCAUCAGUCUACAGGCUGGUAGGU